UUCAGUGUAUUUAGAAUUAUUUACAUAAAGUCUCAAUUUUUUGUUACAGUUGUAGAAGUUCGUAGCGUGCGCAGUGGUAGAAGAAUAGUUCCGCCACGCCAAUACAAUUUUGACACUAACGAUGACGAUGAUGAAGACUAUGGGAAAAGGAAAUCUUAUGCGAAAAUGAGUCCCAAUCGUGUAACAAAACGUAAUGUUCUUGCUGCCCGCAAUAACAUCACUGUAAACGAAGAGAGGGAAAAUAAAGUAGUUACUACUGAAUGCCGAGAAACAGUACUCGCAACACCGAGGAGAAAUUUGAGGAGGAAUUAUCAACGGAAUAAAACACAGGAGAAAAAUUUCAAUAAUAUAAGAAGAAGUUCCAGAAAAAGAAAACUCAAGUACGAGAAUUACAGUGACAGUUGGAUUGUUGGUGCGCAGGCAUUAAUCGGCUAUCCAAUGUAUGGAAACUCAUAUUCCAUGAAAGAGGGUAAAAACAAUUACGACGGUGACGAAGAGGAAGAGACAUUUGAUGACGAGGAGGAAGAAUUGGAGGAAAAUAGAAAUGAGGUGGAAGGAAAUGAAGUUGUGUCGGACAAACAGGCAGAAGAAGUGAAUGAACAGAUUGAUGAUGAGCAAGUGAAUGGAGACGACUGUGCAGAUAAUUCAGAGAAGCCAGUGGAAAAUGGCGUAGUUGAAGAGCCGUCUAAAGAGGAGGGAAGCCGUAGCCAAAGAUUGCGACGUGCAUGUCGGGACAAGAUUACACCGAACACAACAAACGGGCGACCGAGACGAGGCCGCAAUGGCGCCGCCAAUUCCAAUGCUAAAACUAGGAAACAGAAGAGGAAGAGAAGAGGCAACGGAAACACCUCCUCUUCGGAGAGCAAUUACGAAGCUCCGGUUGCUGCUAAUUCGGGUGUGACCUACUGUCUGAGAAAGACUCGAGGCCAAGUAGAUAGGUUUAAUGUAGCCGGACCGCUGAGUUCACGCAGGAGGCGGCAUCGUAGUGUUACCGAGUCGGAGACUUCAGCCGACUCAGAGGAUGAAGCAGUCGAUAAAGCCCGUCGCGGCAAGCGGAAAAGCAUCCUUCAUAACGUUGGGACGGAAAAAUUCGGUCGUCUAGGUGACCUCGACCCGGUAUCAUUGGAUACGGAUAUAAAAUUCACCGAAGUUGGAGGCCUAGAGGAACACGUUCAAUGCUUGAAAGAAAUGGUGAUUUUUCCCAUGAAGUACUCGGAAUUAUUUACGAGAUUCCAUAUAACAUUGCCGAAAGGAGUUCUCUUCCACGGCCCGCCUGGUACUGGUAAGACGCUGUUAGCUCGUGCUCUAGCCAAUGAGUGCAGCUCGGGUCAGCAGAAAGUGGCAUUCUUCAUGCGCAAAGGAGCCGACGUGAUGUCAAAGUGGGUUGGCGAAUCAGAGCGCCAGCUACGUCUGUUGUUCGAGCAAGCACGUCAGAGUAGACCUUCUAUCAUAUUUUUCGAUGAGAUUGACGGUUUGGCUCCCGUAAGAUCGACAAAACAGGAUCAAGUACAUGCCAGCAUUGUGUCCACAUUGUUAGCGCUGAUGGACGGUCUUGAUAACCGUGGCGAUAUCAUCGUUAUCGGGGCCACUAAUCGGAUUGACGCAAUAGACCCUGCCCUGCGCCGUCCCGGACGUUUCGAUCGAGAACUGUUGUUCCCACUGCCCUCCAGCCAGCAGCGCGGUGAAAUCCUCAAGAUCCACACCGGCAAAUGGGAGAGCCAACCAUCCGAAGCGGACAUUCUAAAAAUGGCCGAACUUUCCAACGGCUAUUGCGGCGCGGAUCUGCGCGGACUCUGUGCGGAGGCUGUCAUGGCCGCUCUCAGGAGACGGUAUCCGCAGAUCUACAAAACAAACGACACACUCCUCAUCAACCCUGACAAUGUCAAGGUUGAAUGGGGCGAUUUCGCCGAGGCAUCCAAAAAAUUAGUACCAUCAACUCACCGCAGUACGCCGGCUGUUGCCCAAAGGCUCCCUCUCUUUCUUGAGCCGCUCUUCAAGCACACGUUGUCUGAGCUCAACGCACAUCUACGUGCCGCCUUCCCCAGCGGCUACUGCAAACAACAAAAUGCAUGCAAGCAAAUGGUCAAGGCUCCACGUUUGCUCUUAAUUGGGCAAAAUAAAGAGGCGACAUUAUUGGCGUCUGCUCUUCUUUGCAACAUGGAGAGCUGCCCUGUUCAUGUUUUUGAUGUUACAACGAUGUAUACGAGAGGGGGCAUCUCGCCGGAAGAGGCGUGUGUGAUGAUUUUUAAUGAAGCGCGGCGAACAGUACCAUCUGUUAUCUACAUGCCUUGUGUAGAUAACUGGUGGGACACUCUCGCCAGCACCCUCCAGGCGCUCAUUAUUUUAACGCUCAAUACCAUCGACCCAUGCCUUCCUAUUUUGCUCAUGGCUACUACUCAAACAACCGUAACAAGCCAGCUGGAACGUAUAUUCAGUUCAUAUCGAAAGGAAAUCUACCGGGUACCGUAUCCUACCGAUGCGCAACGAAAACAAUUCUUCCAGCCAUUGAUUAUCGCCCGCUCACUACGACCAAUCCCCAAAAACAAGUCAGUCGAGGAGGAGCUGGAGGAGCUUCCCAGGGCACCUACCCCCCCUCCUCCCAAGCGCACUGCUGAUGAGUUGCGGAAAAUCAUUCGUCAAGAGGAUACCAUCCUUCGAGACCUUCGAUAUGCCUUACGUAUAAUCUGUGAGAAAAUCGCAAGAGAAAAGACGUUCUUUUUAUUCGUGAAACCCGUGGAUGAGCAUAUAGUAACUGAUUACAGAAAACAUGUACACCAACCUAUGUAUAUAGAAAAGGUUAUGCUGAAAAUCAACAAUCAUGAAUACUCAUGUCUCAGUGAUUUUGUCGAAGACAUGAAAUUAAUUGUUGAUAAUGCACUGCGAUAUAAUCCAGAUAAGACGGAGGAGGGCAAAGCGAUUAGGCACCGAGCUUGUAUGUUGCAUGAUAAGUAUCACCAACUCAUAACAGAACAUGUUAGCCUAGAAAUGGAAAUGGCAUGUAAAAAGGUUGUCAAAGAUCGGCUUCUCCGUGAAAGGUACCCAGACCAUUUACCACACGAUUUCGAUUUGCAAAAAGCCAUACAACCCAUACCGGGAGCAACCUUGCUGGAAGAAGACAACAACAGUACUCUGCCAUUGAGUGAGAACGAAGAACCUGUAAACAAAUUGUUGAAUAAAACUGCAGAUUCCGUGUUGAAUUCUUCAACUAGCAGAGCAAGCCAACGAAAACGAAGGAGAAAAUCGGCCUGGCAGCAUGGCCGUAUCAAAAAACAAGCAACCAACAAAAUAAAUUCACAAAGACACGAAUUAAAUGUUAACAAUCACGAGAAAUUUAAGACUGACUCUAAUUCGACUGGUAAAGCCGAAUCGCCAUCUUCUGCCUCUAAGAGCGGCUUUGAAUCCAAGCAAUCGAAGGUGGUGUUAGUGAGACUGCCUUCACCAAUCCGUCACAGCACUCCCGUUCGUAGGAGGAAACGCACAGCUGAACCAGAAGUAGCUGUACCCAGUACAUCGUAUGCAGCCAUGAAUGGUGAUGUGCAUUCAGAUGACGAGAUGGAGAUCGACGGUGAACCGGUCACCAUAACCAAACAAUUGCAAAAGAAUAAUGACAAAGACGAUGAAGAUUUAUGGCUUGACCAUAGCUUCAACAUAUCAACAGUUGAUUCACUCGAAAACAAUGAUGAAACAGGGGCGUGCAAUAAGGUGGUCAUCAACCGCCAAGCUCUAGAACAAGUUCUGCAAGAAGUGGUGAGAGUGACAAGGAGGAAGACUUCCCUGGAGCUCAUCCUCGAUCUGUAUGCGACUCUCAGAUGUAUUAUCAACAAGCAUCUGGGCACCAAUCAACGUCAAGCACUGCCAGCGGAAAUGGAGAGUGAAAUCAAACGGUUUGCAGUAGAGACUCAGGAAAACAAUGAGACAUCCAGCCAGUAUCCAGUCACCUCAAUUCGCAACACGCGGAAAAACCACACCUUUUAGGACUUAACUUAAAGAUCAUACAUUAACUGCUGUCAAUCCCUGAAUUCAAUCCUCAUAUUCAUUUUAUUCAAAAUGCUUCCCUGAAGCAAUUAGAAUAUUGAAAUCCUUUUCAGUAUGUACAUGAAGUACAUACAGAGUGAGUCAUAUCUAUGGGAACCCCUCAAUAAAUUGGAGACUGUUGUAGAUAUAAUACUGUAACUCGCAGGAUAAGUUAUUGGUCGAAUACUCUACCUUUUGAAGUACAACUGAAUUCCAACUCCCCAUAAUGUGGUUGUUAGGGGCUGUAAGUCGAAUAUUUAUAUGUAAACACUCAUUGUGUGGUACAUAAUUUUAAAGGCCUUUUUAAAUCAAGAAAGUUGAAAUCAAUGAAAAUGUUCUAUGAUACUUUCAUCCAUAAUGGCGACUGAUUAAAGUUUUAGUUUUUAAAGGAAUAGUUGAUAAAGUUCAAUCAGCCGCCAUUUUGGAUGAAAGUAUCAUAGAACAUUUUUAUUGAUGUCAUCUUUCUCGUUUUGAAAAUGCCUUUAAAAUUAUGUAUCACACAAUGGGUGUUUACCUUUAAAAUAUUUGAGUUACAACCCCUCAUUUUUUUAAAAACUAAAACUUCAAUCAGCCGCCAUUUUGGAUACAAGUAUCAUAGAACAUUUUUAUCGAAGCCAUCUUCCUUUUUUAAAAAUGCCUUUAAAAUUAUGUACUACAUAAUGGGUGUUAACAUUUAAAAUAUUCGAGUUACAACCACUAAGUCACCCCCUUAUUAGGGGUUGAAGUUCAGUUGUACGUCAAAAGGUAGAGUAUUCGACCAAUAACUUAUCCUGAAAGUAACAGUAUUAUAUCUACAGUAGUCUCCAACUUAUUGAAGGGUUCGCAUGCAUAUGACUCACUCUGUAUAUAAAAUAAGCUUCUUGUAUGAUUUAUUGUACUUUUUGUGAUAAGCUU